AAGGUCUCUAAGAUUAAGGGGCAAAAACAAAUAGGACUACACCAACCAAAGAAGAAAAAGAGGUUGAGAUGCAUGGAGCAUGAGCCUUUUCCACAUUGGCUAGUAAACCUGAUGGUCAACAUUGAAGAGGCAACAACUCAUCAACUAGUGGUUGAGUAAUAUUUAUCUCACUAGGCUUACAUAAACCAUGUGAGGACUAUGAGUGCUGAUUGCAGAGUACAAUUUCGCAGCUUAUUUCCUAUGUUAAGAUGGCUGCUGCUUGACUUUAAAUUCAUUUUACAAAAUGUAAGCCCUUUCAAAUGAGAUUUUUAUUUGGCACCAUCAGACACAUUAAAGCAUUACCAACUAGUUUCCUAAUAGUUUGCUUAAUCAACGACUUAUCAAAGACCCACUGGUAGCUUGGUCUUGAGGUUCUACUGUGGACUUGCAUACUGCAGGAGACUGAGUAGGCUUGGCUGAAGUGGAUUUGAUGGGCAUCUAAGUUGUGAAUGAGGGUGUCCUAAACUGCCUGCCAGGACAUAAAAAACGUUUUGAGGAGAAACGAAUUCAAGCCCAAACUUUGAUUUAGAGCACAAAGUUGGAAACUUAUCUUUGGAAGGAAUGCUGGAUGUUAUUUUGUUCUGGAAUCGCCCUCUGUGAACGCUAGCAAGCAGAGAUAGACUUCCACCCUUUGUGAUUCCUGAUCUUGUCACACAAACAAUGGCCUCCAUCAUUUUGUGAUUUGAGUGAAUCUGGCUUCUGAAGAUUAGAGUGAUACCUAUGCAAGUAUUUAGUGGCUUAGAAAAGUAUUCAUACCCCUUGAACUUUUUUUUUUCUUAAAUUUUGUCACAUUAAAAUGAUAAACGUAAGUGUAGUUCUUUGGCAUUUAUGUGGUGAGAAACCAACAAAAAGUAGCACAUAAAUCUGAAGGGGAAGAAAGACUACUCGUGUUUUUUUUAUUACGAUUCAUGUAUCAUCUGAAAAUAAAAAGCGUAUGGCAAGCCAACCAAAACAUGAUCAUCCACCUGAACCGACAAGCCAGAGCCAGACAAGGAGGCAUUAUUCAGAGAAAAAGUCCAGGGGGACAUGUUGACUCUCGAAGAGCCUCAGAAAACAGAGCUCAGGAAGAAAUACCUGUUAAUAACCAACAGUCGUGCACUCUACAAAUUUGGACUCAAUAGAUGACUGACAAAGUAUGCCAUUGUUGAAAGUCAUCAGAAGUCACAUUUGCAUUUUGCAACAAGCCACCCAUGGAACCCAACAAACAUGUGGAAGAAGGGACUUUACAUGAUUAAAUUAAAUCAAAACUGAACCUUUUGGUCUGCAAAUUUUCUGGAAUGCAAAAUGCUAUGGUAGCAGAAAAUGAACACUGCACAUCACCCUGAACAAAUAAUCCACACAGUGAAGCAUAGUGGCAGCAGCAUUAUGCGUUUCCAAAACAGAGACAGUGGAGCUAAUGGUACGAGUAAAUCGGAAGAUGAAUGGAGCUAAAUACAGUUUAAUCCUGAAAGAAAACCUGUUAAAAGCUGAAAAAGAUUUGAGACUGUGGCAGAGGUUCACCUUCUAGCAGAAUAAUUACCCUAAACAUCCACAUAACAAGUAUGUUCUAUUUUGUUUUGAUUUAUCACAGAAUAGAAUGCAUCAUCAAACAGAAUACAUCAGAGUUUCUGGUUGUAAUCAGGGAAAAAACAAAAAGGUUCAAGGAGUUCUUUUGCAGAGCAUACUAGGCUGUCUGUCAACACUGUACCAAAAUGCAUAGAUUUAAACUUCUACGCAGAAACUUCUGUAAUAAAAUCACUACGUCUUUCAAAUUAGUGGGUUGUUUUAAAUCAAAUCUUACACAAAGAAUUGCUUGGGGUCAAUUUGGAUGCGUAGCAGGAAAAAAGUGUGGGCUUGUACGCCACACAUCUGGCAUUUGUCAUAGAUUGUUUUGGCAAAUGUUACAAUGGAAAACAUCCAAUUAUGGUCCUCUUUCUGUAGACAAACAUGUUGUGAUCCUUGCAGACAAAUCCAUAAUGUUAGGCUUAUGCAACCCCUGAGAGGAGUGAUCCUGAUUAUCUGUCUGCAUGAUGGGAUGAACCUUCACCAGCAACCCCAAAGGGGAAAAUAGGUUUUUCUUGCCAAAACAAUGUCACUGAGCAAUCGGUCAGCGUUACUUCAAAAGAUAGUGGCCGUAACCAUGUUUUCCCACUUAAAGAUUAUUGUAAAUGUUGAAUAACACUUUUGAUGUUGAGGUUAUUUAUUUACCACUUUAUUUAGCUCUAGCCAAGAAGUAGCUCUUGUAAAAUGGCUUUCAGGGCAUCAAAUGUAAAAGAAAAGCUUGAACAGAGUUGUUUUUAUGUAUAAUCUCGUUGUGUUCCAGUGUCAAUAUUUACUGCUGACCUUGUGUGCAUGGAUAUGUGCAAGUCAAGCAGGGCCACCCACUGUUUAUCUUUGACCACAUAUAUAAAAAUUUUGACAAUGUGUCAAUGAUUAACCCCACAUGAGAUCUCCAUACAAAUAAGAGUGCUUCACAGAAAUCUCAUAAGAAAAGCUUGGAGCUGUUUAGUGUACUGUUAAGAAGCAUCCCUAAAAAAACAAUGCUUGAAUUUUCUGAGAAGCUGACAUUUGUUGCGGCAGUGGCUCUUGCCGUUGUGACUUUGGGGGGUUCGUCCCCAGUGCUGGGGCCUGAGCCCAUCCGCUGCGCUCCAUGUACGCAUCAGAAACUAAACGACUGUCCUGCAGUCCCUGCUGACUGCAAGCAAGUUGUUAGGGAGCCUGGCUGUGGUUGCUGCAUGGCAUGUGCUCUGGAGAAAGGUGUUUCCUGUGGAGUUCACACAGCCCACUGCGGUGAGGGUCUCCGCUGCACUCCUAGGCUGGGCGAGACUAGACCACUCCUUGCUCUUACCAGAGGACAGGGAGUGUGCACUGAAGACAAGGGACAAGAGGCAGGUGAUGAAGUCCAAGAACAUGGCUCGGAGCACUACCUGUUGGGACUUAACCUUCCCUCUGACCACCAAGACACUGAUGAGGGCCAUGAGAGCUUAAAAGCCAGAGUUGAUGCCAUUUGCAACAAACUGGUACAGCAGGGUCCCUGUCAUGUUGAACUGCAUGCAGCACUAGAUAUGAUAGCCAGCUCUCAGCAGCAACUGGGUGACAAGUUCACAACUUUUUACCUCCCGAAUUGUGACAAACGUGGCUACUACAAAGCCAAACAGUGUGAGUCGUCUCUGGUUGGGCCGCCUGUUCGCUGCUGGUGUGUUUCUUCUUGGAAUGGGAAGAAGCUGCCAGGUUCCAGUGACUUUCCUGCCGAUACGCUGUGCCAUCAAGAACUCGCUCUCUAACACAUGAAUUCACUGACAUAAACAUAUGCAACUUUAUUGAGUAACUUUAGGUAAAUAUUUAAAACUAACCUAAUGAACUAAAAAUGUAAAAUCAUAAGGCAAAAUGUCUGCCUAUUUUAUAAACAUUAUGUAUAACAUUAUUUAUUAUUUACCUGCAUAUUCUUGCAGCCAUUAUUUUGUUUUUAAGGUCUUAUGUUUGCAAUCUCUGGCUGACUAAACAACUCCAUUGCUCAAAACAACAGGUCUGCAACUCCACCAAAUGACUUUUGCUUUGUUAUAACUCAAAAAAAGGUAAUUCAUUUUAAACUGUUGACAUUUUCUGAAUCUGUUAAUUUAUUCAAAGACAGUUCUUAAAGUGACUCAUGAUUGCUGAGCACAAAUAUAUGAGGACUAUCCAUAACACGGGACGUUUUAGUAUGAACUGCUCAUCAUUUGUCUACCUCCGCUUGCCUCUGCAGGUUACUUGUUUGCCUUUAUGGUUGCAUCUGUUCUUGUAUUUAUUUGUUUAUGCAUAUGAGUUUGAUGUAAAAAAAAAAAAAAAAAAAAAAAGACAUGCAGUUGACAGGAUUAUUUGCAAAAUGCUGCUAUGCUGUUAAUGUGUUAUUUAAUAAAGCAUUGUACAUAGCACUUAUGUAGAGAUAUAUAAUUAAAAUUUCAUCAAGUUAAAAUCUUC